AUGUCGGCAGCACUCACCCUCCACGACGUUCUCUCUCAAGCUACUGAGCAAUAUCCUUCGCACGAGCUCUCAUUCAUCACAUCUUCCGCUCACGACUCUUCCAUUCGAGCGACUACAUUCAGCUCAUUCAACCAGUAUGUGCGCAACCUCGCUCGCGCCAUGCUCGAUUGGGAAAAGCCUGCUGGUUCAGUCAUCGUCGUCUACCUGACCGAGCACGAGGAUAACAUGGCCGCUGUUUGGGCGUGUCUCCUCGCAGGCUAUGUUCCAUGCUUGCAACCCGCGCUCAGUGCCCAGCAGGCCCACAAGGAGGGCCAUGUCGCUCAUAUCAAAAAUUUGUUCUCGUCUGCCAUCUGGCUCACUAAUGAGUCCGGUGCUGAGCAGGUGAACUCCAUCAGCGGUCUGGAGAUUAACCUUCUUUCGGAGCUCAAGGCGUCAGCUUCGAAAUACCACGUUUCUGCCGACUGGGUCGCCAGUAACCCCCAGCCCGAUGAUGAGGCAAUAUUAUUCUUAACUUCUGGAUCGACUGGCUUUUCCAAAGCAGUUGUCCACAGCCAUCGCACUAUUUUGGCUGCUUGCUCUGCCAAAGGAGAGGCUUAUGGUUUGACUCCAAAGACCAACGUACUUAACUGGGUCGGAUUCGACCAUGUCGCGGGUUCCUUGGAAAUGCACAUCACACCCUUGUUGUUUGGGGCCUCUCAAAUUCAUGUCCAUGCAUCUGCUAUUCUCUCCGACCCGCUUCGUUUCCUCCGUUUGAUCGACGAGAAGUCCAUCAACGUUGCAUUCAGCCCUAACUUCUUGCUUGCGAAACUCACACGAGACUUGGAGAAGAGGACCGAUCUCUUUGGAACUUUCGACCUUUCUUCCAUCAAGCGCAUUAACAGCGGAGGGGAGGCUGUCAUCUCGAAGACUGCUCAAUCAUUUGUAGCUGUUCUUAAGCAACUUGCAAAAGACCCUCUUAAGGUUUCUUUCGUAAUUUCACCUGGAUUUGGUAUGACCGAGACUUGUGCCGGAUGUAUCUAUCAACCGGUGGACCUCAGCACUACUGAACCGAAACACGAGUUCCUCGACUUGGGUCACCCUGUACGCGGUUGUGAGAUGCGUAUUGUUGACCCUGAAGAUGGCAAGACGAUCCGCAGGGAUGGGGAGAGUGGUGAGCUGCAAGUCCGUGGCCCCAUGGUCUUCGUUCGUUACUACAACAACGCGGAGGCCACAUCUUCUAGCUUUGUUGAUGGUUGGUACCGCACCGGUGAUGUCGGCAUUAUCGAAGACGGUGUUCUACGUCUUAGUGGCCGCAUCAAAGACACUGUUAUCGUCCACGGUGUGUCAUAUGGUAUUCCCGAGCUUGAGACGCACCUCCAGACUGUCGAGGGUGUCACGCAUUCUUUCCUUGCUGCUGCUCCCUACCGUGCACCCGGACAAGAGACUGAAGGUUUCAUUAUCUUCUACUCUCCUACUUUCGACCUUGCCGCAGAAGAUGCUUCCACGAAACUGUUUGCUACCCACCGCGCCCUCCGUGAUAUCUGUGUCAAAAUGAUCACCCUUCCUCCUCAAUUCAUCGUCCCCAUUCCCAUCAACCAGAUGGAAAAGACUACUCUUGGAAAGCUCUCGAGGGCUCGCCUUGUCAGCCUCUUCAAACAAGGGGAACUUGCCAAGCACAUCGCUCGUGCUGAGGAGCUUCUCAGCGAGGCUCGGGGCUCUUCAUUUGUCGCCCCUUCCACGGAGGCCGAGCAAGCUCUUGCAAAAAUUUACGCUGGGAUCUUCAACCUGAGCGAGAGCGAAAUGUCAGCAAGCGACAACUUCUUCGAGCUUGGCGGUACCUCUAUCGAUGUCAUCAGACUCAAGCGCGAGGGUGAAGCACACUUUGGUUUGCCCGAGAUACCAACUAUCCAGAUCCUCAAGCACCCCGUCAUUUCCAGCUUGGCGAAUUAUGUCAACACUCUUCUUUCAAAAGAUGGUACCGCUGAGGAAUACGACCCCAUCGUUCCCUUGCAGCUCACAGUGAAGAGGACUCAACCCACCGGUCCUUAUGCCAUCUCUGGUUACAGUUACGGUGGUGUUGUCGCCUUUGAGGUCGCCAAGCGCCUGGAGGCCAUGGGCGAUGAAGUGAAAUUCGUCGGCCUGAUCAACAUCCCCCCUCACAUCGCGGACCGCAUGCACGAGAUUGACUGGACUGGUGGCAUGCUCAAUCUGUCAUAUUUCCUCGGUCUUGUGACAAAGCAAGAUGCCAAUGAGCUCGCGCCCGCUUUGAGACCUCUCUCGCGCAAGGAACAACUGGAGGUGGUCUGGAAGCUGUCACCUCCCGAACGUCUUAUUGAGCUCCAGCUCACGCAACAGAAGCUUGAUCACUGGGUCGACAUUGCUGGCUCGCUCAUUGAGUGCGGCAAGGAUUACAACCCGGGUGGUUCAGUCUCUGCUCUUGAUGUCUUCUACGCCAUCCCGCUGAAGGGAACCAAAGCUGAUUGGCUUAACAAGCAACUCAAGCCAUGGGACGGUUUCAGCCGCGGCCAGGCCACAUAUACGGACGUGCCUGGACAACAUUACACGCUCAUGGACUUUGACCACGUUCCUCAAUUCCAGAAGAUCUUCCGCAGCCGUCUUGAAUCUCGUGGUAUUUAG